AUGGCUGAUGGUGAAAAGUUAAGUCGUAAGAUGAUUUUUCCAUACACAUUCACAUCUAAAGUUGUACAGUUUCCGUUCAAACUACAUUUAAAUAAUCAUUGGAUGUUCCCGUGGUUAAUGGGAGCAACUGUAAUUGUUUCACCUAUAUUUUAUCUCAUACAGAAAGCUGCCAACUCUGAAGCUAAUGUAAAGUUGUGGGCCGAGAAAAGAAGGAAAGAAGAAGAACAUUACAAACAUAAGUGGGAUUAG